CUCAGCCAUGACCACAGUGCUGUCAUGGUACCCGAGACACCUCCGGACUCCAGAUCAGAAGUGUCCCCACCACUGGCACCUGUGGGGCCAGACUGUGGCAGUGACGCCCCCAGCUAUGACAGCGAUGGGCUCAGCGUGGGCACUGGGCAGGGGGCAUGCCCGUCUCUGACCUGGGACCGCUACCAGCCGGAGCAUUGGAGCCCACUCUACGACGGUGACCUUCAGAGUCUACCAACUCCUGCUUACCAUGUUGACUCAGACAAGGGCUUCAACUACUCCUCCACCGAUAAGGCCUUCGUGUGUCAGAAGAAGAACCACUUCCAGGUCACAGUUCACAUUGGGAUAACAGGAAGCCCUAAGUGUGUCAGGACACCGUCUGGGUCCAAACCCAUCUGCAGCUUCCAUGUCAAAGUCUUCGGUGUCAAGCUGGAGGACCAGAACCACCUCAUCACUAUUGAACAGUCCCAGCAGAAUCGGAGAAAGAGGCCCUUCCAGUGUGCCAGGGUUGACCUACCCGAGGACAAGGUUACCAAGGUGACACUGGGCCGCCUCCACUUCGGCGAGACCACAGCCAACAAUAUGAGGAAAAAGGGCAAACGCAACCCAGAUCAGAGGUACUUUGCGCUGGUGGUGGCACUCUGUGCGUCUGUGGAGGAGGACAGUUAUUUACUGCUGGCCCAUGCAUCCGAGAGGAUCGUCGUUAGGGCAUCGAACCCAGGCCAGUUUGAGAGUGACGGGGACAUGCCAUGGCAGCGGGGGCUGGCUCCUGAUGCAGUGGUGCAUCAUGGGAGGGUGGGCAUUAACACGACCGUCCCGGACGAGGCCCUGGUGGUGUGCGGAAAUGCCAAAAUCAUGGGCACCGUCACACACCCUUCUGACAGAAGAGCCAAGGAGAACAUCCAGGAGGUGGACUCAACAGAACAGCUUAAGAGAAUAGCGCAGAUGAGAAUCGUGGAAUAUGACUACAAGCCAGAGUUUGCCACGAAAGUGGGGAUUGAUCAGGUGCAUGAAACAGGUGUCAUUGCUCAGGAGGUGAAGGAGGUACUGCCCUCUGCUGUCCGGGAGGUUGGUGACAUCACAUGUAUGGAUGGAGAGAAGAUUGAUAACUUCCUCAUGGUGGACAAAGACCAGAUCUUCAUGGAGAAUGUGGGAGCGGUCCAGGAGCUGUGUAAGCUCACAGACAGCCUGGAGGCCCGCAUCCAGGAGCUGGAGUUGUGGAACAAACGACUGGCCAAGCGGACAGAACCGGCUGGCCAGCGGUCCAGCGGCGUCGGCAACGCGCACAGAAAAGUCAAUGGAAACAACAAUACCUCUCCUCCAGAGAAACCAACACAACUGCAGAAUACUAAAGAGUGCCUUUCAAAGACGUACAGUCACUGUUUACAGCACAGGAUCCUCAAGGCCACCAUGAUCACCCUGGUGGCCACAAUGGCUCUUUGUGUCAUCUCGAUCUCAGCUCUCUACAUGUUAACUAUCCGCGAGGAUGUGCAGGUGUUACCUGGAGACAGCAGUACUUCCUCCCCUGUGUUCACCUCAUCCUCAGCGCCCCCUAGUGUCAUCCCGAGCCCCUGGCCCCCCGAUGUAGACUACUGCACCCUGCUGAACUGUGAGGAGGUCUACUGCUGUCCCAGUAACCCUGGAAACCACAGUGGCCCCGUAACCAUGCCAACGCAGCCCUCCCCUACCGACAGCCCUCUUGAAGAGGAAAGAAAUGAGCAACUUCAUGAGAUACUGAAAAGCGCUGAAGACUGGACAAAUACCACAAUACAGACCAUUUCCAUCAGGGAAAAUCAACAGAUAAUUGACCAGCGGUACUGUGUGGAAGGAAAGUGUGGGAACGGGAACUACAGUUACGCUAUCCCCGUCAGCAAGCAUCUCCCUGUCGACGUGCCGGUCACGCUCCUGAUGAACACCACUGAGCUGUUGGUGGUUCACCUGUGCCACACCGAGGAGACUUUGGCCUGCUCUGCUGUGGCAGACUUCUCCCAGGAGGUGUCCGGUAACACUGUGAGCAACACUCAGGGCCACAUGCAUGAGUGGACUCUGCCCAUAGCACAGCUGUUCCAGAGCUCCUACCAAUUCCGUGCCACUGUAGCGGGGCAGGCUAACUGCAGUACCGACCCCAACUAUGCGGAGGCGCUGUUCACCGACUACCACUUCCACUUCUACCGUCGGUGUUAUUAGCCCAGGCUAGUGCUCCCCCAUCUGGCCAGAGAGGGUCCUGCGACUGACCACCCUCCUACCCCCGAUACACUUCCGUCAAACGCACAAAGAGGACUAUCACCCGUGCAAAUUCCUGUUCUAUUCUGUUUUAUAUUUCAUGGCUGAACCAGAAUCACGACCAAAUGAAACAAUGUUGGCUACUACACGAAAGUUCAUCUUUGACUUUGAAAUUAAUGCAGUUUGGGUUGUUUUAUCUGUGAGUUAAGGUUUCUGUGACUUUUUGUGUCACACCUGCUGUGGUAGAGUAGAAAAUAAAUGAUACAAAAUUUUAUCAG